GAAGCUUUCCAGAACAUGCAGGAGUCCACAGAGUGCGACCACGAGUGCCAGAGAAUAGGCCUGGAGAACAAACUAGGAGGGGCAGAGGAAGCAUAUACCAGAGGGGCCCUGGAAUCCAUGUGGAAGGAGGACCUGCAGCAGCUCUCCCAGCAAAUUCAAGCUCUGCAGGAAGCUUUCCAGAGUGGGCAGGAGUCCACACAGCGUGACCUUGAGCUCCUCAGAGCAGAACUGGAGAACAAACUAGGCAUUUCAGAGCUACGGUCCUAUAGAGGGGAUGUCACCCUGGAUGCUGACACAGCUCAUCCCAGAUUGGAAAUCUCUGCAGAUGGGAAGAGAGUGAAAGAUACUGGUUUCAUCAGAGAUUUACCCAUCAAGGAGAAGAGAUUUGAUUCCCACACUUUUGUGUUGGCAAAGGAAGGAUACACAUCUGGGAAACACUACUGGGAAGUAGUUGCUGGCACAAGGAGAAGUUGGGCCUUGGGUAUUGCCCUGGAAUCUGUGACCCGCAAGGGGCCAUUGACUCUGUCCCCUCAGAAUGGCUUCUGGGUCAUUGGGUGUGCAGAUGGGAGAGACUGUUGGGCCUACACAGAUCGUUGGACCCGUCUGAGUGGGAGUGGGAAGCUGCAAUACAUUGGGAUCUUCCUGGACAUCCCAGCCAAGCAGGUGACUUUUUACAAUGUCCAUAAGAAAGCAGCAGCUCUGUACACUUUUAGCCUUGCUGAUGGCAGCAUCCAGGAAGGGAAAUUCAUUCCCUUCUUCUCCACAGGCCAUGCUGCUGCAGAGCCUGACACUGAGCCUCUGGUAAUAGUCUAG